GUGGUUUAGGUGUGUGAGGAAAACCAACAUUUCAAGUGUUUGCGGUGUUACCAAAUGUCGAUCAAACUGCUUGAAAACAAUUGAUUAAUUUGUCUACAGCAGAGGAUCUUUGGAGUUCAUUUUGAGGACGGACACCGGAGAACCUCGAGGGGAAAGUUGUACCGGGGGUGAAACAGGAAGAUAUCGCCCAGUCUCGGUGGAACUUCCCCGGGAACAGCCACAAGAUGCAUUCCGCCAGAUACAACGAGCCGAAUGGCCAGCGUGAGGGGACUGGCUUCCUAACCAAUAAACAAAAGGUUCGAUCAAGGAAUAAGACAGCCAUCGCCGUCGGCAUCCUCGUAGCUGUUCUUGUUGUGGCAGCAGUAGCAGCAAUUCUUAUUUGGCUUUUUGUCUUUAAAGAUGACACAGAUCCGACACUAAGCUCUCAGCGCCAAGCAUCAUCUCAAGUGUUCAGUGGUCACAUGAAGCUAACCGACUAUACUUAUGAUCAGAAGUUGGAAGACACUUCCAGCCAAGAGUUCAGUGAUCUGGCUCGUCAGCUGGAGGCUCAACUAAAGAGUCAUUACCAGAAAGAUGAACUCCUACAGCAAUAUUACACCAAGUCAGUGGUUACAGCUUUCAGUGAGGGUGUGAUUGCCUACUACUGGUCUCAGUUUGACAUCCCGCCCGAAGACCUGGAGGUGGUCCCAGAGUUCUCAGAGGAGCGUGUCCUGGAGACGCUAGAGGCUGGAAUUAAGGAGACUCGCACUGUACCACCAUCGGCUAUCAAAAUACGUGAAAUCACUGCAUCACUUACAGAUUCACGGAUGGCCAGGACCCCCAGUGCCAGAGAGUGUUUCUAUACGUUGGAGGCCACCGAAAAUGAAGACUCAUUCACCUCUCCUGGUUUUCCCAAUGCUUAUCCUGCCAGGUCCAGGUGUCAGUGGCAGAUCCGAGCCUCUGAGGAGAACGUCAUCUCUGUCGAUUUUCCCUUUUUCAACAUUGAAGAUGACUGUACGGAACGAUUUUUGUGUCGUUUACGUACUCCACCGCUGUUUUAUAUGGUAUUCACAUUUAUGCACUUUUUCAGGUAUUGUAGCGAGGUGUCUUCUCUGUCGCUCACCAGCACCACCAAUGAGCUCGUAGUUGCGUUUCAUUCCGAUGAGUCAUUCACUGACAAAGGCUUUAGUGCCGAGUACAGCGCCUAUGAUCCCCAAAACCCUUGUCCCAAUCAGUUUGCCUGCCUCUCUGGUCUGUGCAUUUCCAAUGACCUGAAGUGCGAUGGCUGGAACGACUGUGGUGAUAUGAGCGACGAGGUCAAAUGCAGUAAGUCUCUUUUGUUGACUUUUGAAUUUUCUUGUGCCAAUGGCUUAUGCAAACCAAAACUGUGGAUUUGUGAUCGAGUCAACGAUUGUGGAGAUGGCAGUGAUGAGAAGGCCUGCAACUGUGAGGACAAUGAGUGGCGUUGUGGGAAUGGGGUGUGUCUGCCUCAGGACGUCGCCUGUAACGGUAAACAAGACUGUGAGGAUGGAAGUGAUGAGGCCUCCUGCAAAACCUUUCCUGGUAUGUGCUCUGAAUUCAGCUUCAAGUGUGACAAUGGGCAAUGUGUCAACAAGGUCAACGCUGAGUGCGACCGCAUAGACGACUGCACUGAUAAAUCGGACGAGGCUCAUUGUGACUGCGGGACCAGGCCAUAUAAGCUGAACCGCAUCGUUGGAGGGCAGAACGCAGAGCUGGGUGAGUGGCCGUGGCAGGUCAGCCUUCACUUCAUGACCAACGGACACUCCUGUGGAGCUUCCAUCCUGUCCCCUAAAUGGCUCCUUUCAGCCUCACACUGCUUCAUCACCAACAGCCAAGAAAACCGCAUUCCCUCAAACUGGCAAAGCUACAGUGGCAUGCAGGACCAGUACAAGCACGACGACGUACAGCGCCGCACCAUUCGCCGGAUCAUCACACACCCGGAUUACAACCAGAUGACCUUUGACUAUGACAUCGCCCUGCUGGAGCUGAAUGAGCCGCUGGUGUUCGGCAACAGCAUCCAGCCCAUCUGCUUACCCUCGUCCUCCCACCACUUCCCUGCAGGCAUGUCCUGCUGGAUCACAGGCUGGGGCGCCAUGCGAGAAGGAGGUCAGGCAGCACAGUUGCUUCAAAAAGCCUUGGUGAAAAUCAUCAAUGACAGUGUUUGUAACACAGUGACAGAGGGACAAGUCACAUCCAGAAUGCUGUGCAGCGGCUUCUUGUCUGGAGGAGUUGAUGCAUGUCAGGGAGACUCUGGUGGACCCCUAGCCUGUUUCGAGGAAAGUGGGAAGUGGUUCCAGGCUGGGAUUGUGAGUUGGGGUGAAGGCUGUGCACGACGCAAUAAACCAGGUGUCUACUCGCGCGUUACCAAGCUCCGGGGCUGGAUCAAGAAAGAGACCGGUAUCUGAAGUGGACGUAUUGGUUGAAAGCGGGGUUUGGAGCAGCAUCAUAGUGCCAAAACAUAGAUAUGGAGAUGAACAUUUGGUUGAAGUCUCUCCAAGAUCUAUUUCUUUAGUAGCAGACUUGCACUCAGGGCUUUGUUGAAUGGACGUUUUUUUCAGCCCUCUGACCCACGUGAUCACUACAUUUUGUUUUGUAAAUCCAUCUUGCUUUUGGCGUUCUGUCAUUAUUGUAAACCUUUACUGUAAACAAAUUACCUUCUCUGAAUAGCCAGUAUAAAUGUUGCACAUUGCCAGUUUUACCUUGAAUCUAGAGUCUAUUUUUUAACAGUGAACCUAAUUUUAUUCCCCUUUUAAAACAUCAAUACUGCUGGCUACAACAUGAGCCAGAAUCUUGGUUUUUAUACUAAUUAAAGCUUUUUUAUUUUGUUAAAUGUCAGGACAAUUUUUCUUUUUACUAGCAAAAAACAGUCGUAAAUUUUAAUUGAAUUAAUUAACUACUUCAAAUGAGAAUUAAUCCACUCAAAAGGCAAUGGAUAUAUUUGGAAGGUUGCCAGUAUUUAAGACUCUGUGGUCUCUCAAAAGUGCUGAUGUUGGAAGUGUGUACUUUGGACAGCACUCUUAAUGUAUUUUACACAUUCGCUGCAGCCUUGCUUAGUUUUUGGAGGAUAUAACAACAUUUAAAUAGAAAUUGGGAGCAGAGAGUUCAAAGAGGAUUAGUUCAGUUUGCAGGUGAUUGGUUAAAGUUUGAUCAUGGUUCUUGGUCACAAGUUUCUUUCUUACAACAAGUUUUUACCCCUUUAAAGCAAAUACCAAUGAUUUUUCUUAACAUUAUUUAUUGAUGUGCAAAGAAAGUCUCACAUUUUACUACACAGAGGACAUGUAAAUGUGUAUAUGCAAAAUUAUUUUACUAAGAAAUGUUGAUGUAUGUUGAGAGAGUGAUUUGGUUUCAUGGGCUUUUUUAAUGUGUCACAAUGCAGAAUGUUUUAUAUAAUGUGCCAUAGCAGGAAUAAUAAAUAUCCUUUAUUUGAUUCCCAACAGUCUAAUUGCAUUAUCUGUGUUAUUUGUCUGGGUGUCAUUUUGCAUCUUGUUGUGCAUAAUAAAUGUGUGUGUUAUGAGA